AGACACCAAAUUCUAUUUCUUUACUUCCAGAAUAAUAUUUUUUGCAUGACUAGUUUUGAUUGAUUUGGUCGGAAAGGUAUUCUUUUAAGAUGUUUAGUUAGUUGUGGUGUAAAAUGAUGACGUCCACCUUCAGAGCAGACAGCCUGUGGACGUCCCUGCUGAGCUCCACGAUGGCGUUAUCCGAGGCCACCAGAGUGCUGAGCAGGUCCAGGCGUUCCGAGUAGAGAUCCGCGGGGAAGCCGGCGAUGCGGUUCUUGGAGAUGUUGAGGGUGGAGAGCUUGGUGCAGCGGCUCAGACCAUCCGGGAGAGCCUGCAGGUGGUUGCAGCUCACAUUCAAGGUGGUCAGCUCUCGGAGAUGAGUGACGCCUUCCGGUAAAACCUUGAGGUUGUUCACCGAAACGUCCAGAACUUUCAGGGACUUGAGGCUGCUGAUGAGAUUCGGCAUGGAGGCCAGUUUGUUUCUGCACAGGAUGAGACUCUGGAGGUUGACCAGACGCUGGACGUCGUCGUGGAGCUCCGUCAGACUCGGGCACUGGCUAACCUCCAGAUAAUUGAGCAGAGUGAGGGAAUAAACGGCGGGCGCGAGGCCUCCUUGGGAGGCAAUCUUCUGGUCGGCUGCCGCACCUUGAAGGACCAACUCUCGUCUCUUUUCUGCGGCGGCUUUCUGCACUUCUGGCCAUGUUGUCACGUCGUCCAUGUUGCAGGCCGCCGAGAGCUGCUGUGGAGUCCGGAACUUCCUUUUAACAGUCUUCAAAAGAAAAGAAGUGUAAAGUGGAGGGAUGCCCAGGAAGAUAGGAUUUAAUGUCGUCAGCUCUUCCAGUCAUGAGGAAAACUUCAGUGCUAAGCAGCUCAUGGUCCAUGCACCCACUGUCAGCGGGUGGAGAUCCAGCAGGCAUUGCAGCUACCCUCAGCACAUCACCCUGCAGUUGGUGGAAAGAAGUCGGGUCAAGAAGCUGCAGCUCCUGGCCCACCAUUACCUCAUCUCAACCCAGGUAGAGUUCCACAUCGGGGACACUCUACCUGAACCGAGCACCCCGGCGUUCAUUGGACAGCUUCGGAGACUCGGGUACGUGUCCUUGUCGGACAACGAGAAGACAGGCUUCAGAGCCCGGGAGCUGAAGUCUGUCCACGUAGACGCUGUCGGAACCUAUCUGAAGAUAACCCUCCACCAGAAUCAUGCCAAUCGUCACAAUCACUACAAUCAGGUUUCUUUGGUGGCCAUUAAUGUGCUGGGCGAUCCACUGGAUGGCAGCAAUUUUUACACCAUGCCAAGCAGAGUGCAGCUGAUCGAACACUACCUCAACAGCACUCAGCUGGAAGCCGCCUCGGACGCGACCCUCCUGGGAAAAUGCGACGCCAUGUCCCCCUUGGAUGACCUGGCCUUCAACAUGUACCAGGACCCGGAAGUGGCUCAAAUCAUCCGCCAGCUGGAUCAAAAGAAGCAGGACAUGGCGCGCCAGGAGCGAUACGAGCAGGCCGAAUAUCUGAGGCAGGCCAUCACCGAUCUUCAAAAGGCCGGAGAGCAUUUGGCAAGAUUUGAUAUCGAGAGGCAAUCUGCGACGGAAAAGGAGGACUAUGACCUCGCCAAGAAAAAGAAGGAUGAGAUGGAUGAGUACCGGAAGAAUCUCUACCAACAGCUGAAGGACCACGACCUGCUGGAUAUGAAAAUGAUCACGAAUGCAGCGCAAUCGCAGUUAUUCCAAGAGGUUCCCUCACCUGUCCGUUUUCCAGACUGCCGCUCUCUCCCGACCAAAGCCUUUGGAAGGGGAAAAGCUUUUUCAAGAACUUCAGAGAGCCGUCGGUCAGACUCCGACACGGUUGCAUCUGAGCAAAGCAAUCCACCCACGCCUUGCGCUUCAUCAUCCUCAGCUACUCUGCCUAAAAUCGAUAUGCUGCUGCCAGCCCCUCAGCCAGUGAUGGCUAUCCAGAGCCCUAUGAUGGACGACACCCAAAGUACUGUACUUAGCCCUGAGAUGGGUGAAGAACCAGAGGCCCUAUCGGAGAACGCUAAGAGAGACGCUGGCCUUUCAAUAGACGUCUUUGGAGAGAAAGUGGUUGCAGGUGCAUAUUCUAAAAAGUGGUUGAACAGAAAAGAUGCACUCGUGAAUGUGCAAAAGAAGCUUUUGGAGAUAUCUUCCAAGACUCCCAAAGAGGAGCUGAGAGCCACCAUAAGAGCUGCAGUCUUCCUGGUCAAGAGGGCUCUCCAGGACAAAGUUUUAUUUGUGUUCCAAGCCUCUUUGAAGUUGCUGUUCUUCAUUUUUAGCCAGCAGAUCCCAGGUCUGGGUCGGGCUGAGAUGACAUACGGUUUGGAGAAAACUUGGCCCGUACUGCUGGCCAGGACUGGAGACUCACCGAACCGCCUCCGGGUCGAUGCCACCACUUGCAUUCAGGAAAUUGCUGUUCUGAAGGCUGUUCGGGCCUUGGAGUUCAUCCCCGCGGAGCUGGUGAAACCUUUCAAAUCCAACUUCCCCUCGCGCCUGGCUCAGAGUCGGGUGGAGAUGGUGGCGAGUCUCUUGGUGCAGCUCGGCAUGGAGCACUCUGGAUUCACCUUGGCGAAUGUAAUGAAGUUCUGCACUGCAGCAUUGGAACACAACAACCCCGCUGUUCGAGAGCAGGCGGUGCACAUCAUAUUGUCCUUGUACAGGCAGCACAGUACGCUCAUUCUCAACUACCUUCCAUCCAACACUGCUGCAGGCAAGAACUUCGUUUACAAAACCUUGUUUGAUAGCUUCGGCAAGAUCGACGAAGAGCUGGCAGGGACUCAGCCGUUGAAGAAGAUCGGUGGUACACAGGAUGGGAAAACGGAGGAGGAGGAGAUCCAGUCUCUGCAAGAGCGGCUGGCUGCUUUGAAAGAGAUGACAGAGAGAGACAGCAGGAGUACCAAACAAACCGCCAAGAAGGAAGUGCCUAAGGUUGAGAGAGAGUCUCAGAAGGCUGGUAAACCAACAGUUGCAAAACUGCCACAGAACAAGACAAAACACGACGUCCAACUAUCCAUGAAUUACCUGGACAACUUGUGUAUAUUCUGCGGUAAAACUGAUGACUCCUUCACUCAAGAUGGACUGGACCUUCACUACUGGAAACAUUGUCCGAUGUUGCGACGCUGUGACGAAUGCAGACAGGUCGUGGAAAUCACCAGUUUCACCGAGCAUUUACUGAACGAAUGCGAAAGCCGGUCCAAGUUCAGCCAGUGUCAACACUGCUCGGAGGCGGUGGCCGUCGAAGAUCUGACUCGACACGUCCAGGGUCCCACAUGUAACCCCCCCAUCUCAGGUCAAAGCUUCAGCCACUGCCCUUUGUGUCACAACAACUUCCCGCCAGGAGAAGAGGUCUGGAAGGCUCACCUCACGGGGAGGGAGGGCUGCAAACAAAACUCGCGCAGGACUGCGGUGUCGCAGAGAACCCAACCAGUACAAGGCAAGGCUCUACCGAGCACAAAGAUCACCCAGACAUGGUCGGUGGGCGCCCGAGGGAGACCCAAGCCUGGGAGAGGAUGCGUGAUUCCAUCCCUUGAGCCCGUAGCUCGAGGACAUACACCUGGGAAACGGCCUCGGCUGGGUGUGUUAUGGACAUUUUGGGCAUCCCGGGACUUGCACGGCCGGUGGCGGGACUGGUGGGACUCGAACCUGGGUAGGUAUUUUGAACAUGUUUGGGACUUUUGCCGACUUUUCCAACAUUUACCCCCCCUCCCCGUGACACUAUGCUGGGUGUGUUAUGGACAUAUUGGGCAUCCCGUGACUUGCACGGCCGGUGGCGGGACUGAUGGGACUCGAACCUGGGUAGGUAUUUUGAACAUUUUUGGGACUUUUGCCGACUUUUCCAACUUUUACCCCCCCUCCCCGUGACACUAUGCUGGGUGUGUUAUGGACAUUUUGGGCAUCCCGGGACUUGCACGGCCGGUGGCGGGACUGAUGGGACUCGAACCUAGGUAGGUAUUUUGAACAUGUUUGGGACUUUUGCACGGCCGGUGGCGGACUUGUGGGACUCGAACCUGGGUAGGUAUUUUGAACAUUUUUGGGACUUUUGCCGACUUUUCCAACUUUUACCCCCCCUCCCCGUGACACUAUGCUGGGUGUGUUAUGGACAUUUUGGGCAUCCCGGGACUUGCACGGCCGGUGGCGGGACUUGUGGGACUCGAACCUAAGUAGGUAUUUUGAACAUGUUUGGGACUUUUGCCGACUUUUCCAGCUUUUACCCCCCCUCCCCGUGGGCCUCGCCUGGGUGUGUUAUGGACAUUUUGGGCAUCCUGGCCGGCGGCCGGGCUUUUCGGACUUGAACCUGGGUAGGUAUUUUGAACAUGUUUGGGACUUUUGCCGACUUUUCCAACAUUUACCCCCCCUCCCCGUGACACUAUGCUGGGUGUGUUAUGGACAUAUUGGGCAUCCCGUGACUUGCACGGCCGGUGGCGGGACUGAUGGGACUCGAACCUAGGUAGGUAUUUUGAACAUGUUUGGGACUUUUGCACAGCCGGUGGCGGGACUUGUGGGACUCGAACCUGGGUAGGUAUUUUGAACAUGUUUGGGACUUUUGCCGACUUUUCCAACUUUUACCCCCCCUCCCCAUGACACUAUGCUGGGUGUCUUAUGGACAUUUUGGGCAUCCCGGGACUUGCACGGCCGGUGGUGGGACUUGUGGGACUCGAACCUAAGUAGGUAUUUUGAACAUGUUUGGGACUUUGGCGACUUUUCCAGCUUUUAACCCCUCCUCCCCCGUAGGCCUCGGCUGGGUGUGUUAUGGACAUUUUGGGCAUCCCGGGACUUGCACGGCCGGUGGCGGGACUGGUGGGACUCGAACCUGGGUAGGUAUUUUGAACAUUUUUGGGACUUUUGCCGACUUUUCCAACUUUUACCCCCUCCUCCCCGUGGGCCUCGCCUGGGUGUGUUAUGGACAUUUUGGGCAUCCCGGGACUUAUUUUUAGGUAUUUUUGGGUUCAUUGAGGUUAGCUAAUUAGGGACCGCAAUGUCUCUAUUGGUACAAUGGGACAGAGGACCCCUAUUGUAUUUCGUGGGUUUUAUUAUUUUACUUGUUUUGGAAAGUCUUGACAAGUCAAAUUUUUUUGUUCUAUGGCAGAUAUCUUUGCUUAAAUCAAAUAAAAAAACCCUCAUCUUUGUA